UUUACAUAACAGCAAAGAAAUUAUUCAAAGUUUGACAACAAAGCGGGAAAUUGUUUUGGCGGAAAAAACCAAUUAUUUUGUCAAUUUUUGUUCUAUAAUUCUUGCUAUAAUUCUAUGUUUUUGUUGGUUUUUGUCGAUUCUAUUUCUAUGGUAAUUAAGGCAAGAGAGUAAAUGGAGAGUAAGGUGGCUUAAGUAAGAGAUUAAUGUCACAGAUUUUGUUUUCAGUUGUUUCCAGAAAAAUGUCUAGCUCGUCCAAGUCUGUAAACACACACAAUUGCGAGUUAAAGAUAGAGUUUUUUGGUUUGGCCAAACUACCGCCCAACGCUCCGUGGUAUAAGAUAUUCUUCAGGAAAAUAAGGAAAAAGUUAGCAUUAAACCCGAAUUCGCCUAGCGCGAAACGCUUUUUUCGCAACAAAUCGAUUAUGUUAUUGGAACAGAAACGACAUCUCCAUGGACCUGCGUAUAUUAUUCAUCCGUUCAGCACUUUUAACAAAAUCAGAGAAGCAAUGUUCUGUGUUAUAUGGAUAGUGGAAAUUAUUUUAUCACCGUUUUAUAUGAGUUUUAUACACGUUGCAGCGGAUAAUCUAGGUGUGCAAUUACAGGAAAGAGACGAGAUAUUCUUCAAAUUCUACAUUUAUAUACUGUCACCUCUCGAGGCGAUUCUUGCAUCUUUCUUUUUUAUAACUGGAUAUCCCAAUUAUAAGACGAAGGAAAUAGUCAUUGAUCCCACCAUGAUUCUAAAAAACUAUGUAGAAUUGUAUUAUGCGGUGGACUUUAUUAUGUGUAUGAAAUUCGGAGUAUACUGGGACGUGAUAAAGGCUAUGUAUGUUUUAAACAUGAUUUGCAUAUUGAGAAUAGCGACGGUUUUUACUUGUUUAAAAGAUAUCCUGACGAAUUUUAACAUACGUGAAGAAGUAUACGACUGCAUCAGGUUAUUGUUACUAACUGUAAUGAUUUUGAACGCUUGGACAUGCUUUUUCUUUUAUAUUCCUUGGGCAGCACAUGCUGAAGCGUUUCGUACGCGUUCAUGGGCAGGUAAAGCUGGUUUACAUCCUGUUGACGGUAAGACCAUUGGAUAUGCUUAUGCUGAAUGUUUUCUUGCCAUUGCAUGUCACUUUUUCGGUACCGGUGUAGGUUCACAUCCGAUUGAGAAAGAUAAUUAUUUAGAAAAGUUUUUAAUGGUUUGUGUUAUGAUAAAUGGUCGCAUAUGGACACUUUAUAUAAUAGCAUGUAUUUUGAAGUUGUUUAGUGUAGUUACUAUUUCGGAAAGUAAAUACGAAGAAUACUAUUUGCAGCUUGAAGUUUUCAUGAGACAGAAAAAGUUACCCGAGAUCUUGAGGAGUCGAUUAAUAGAAUAUUACAAAUAUACUUUUCAAAAUCAUUUUUUCAACGAGGAAGCCAUUUUUGCCACUUUGUCAGCAUACCUCAAGGAAGAGAUGCUGUUGUACGGUGCUCGCCGACUCAUAGCCAAAGUUGAACUGUUGAAAAUGCUGCCUAAAAGUACCGUCAAUACGAUCAUCACUAGUACUAGGAAAAUAGUGUUUUUAGCUAAUGACGUUCUUGCAAAAUCAGGAGAUAGGUGUGAACAAAUAUACUUUAUACAUACUGGAACAAUAGCCAUACAUACAGCUAGUGGUGCAGAAGUAGCUCAUCUAGAAGAUGGUGACCAAAUUGGGUUGGGCUGUAUAUUCUUCAAUCGGAAUCACUACAAAUAUAGCUAUACAGCUAUUGAAACUAGCGAGUUGUACGUUAUUAGCAGGAAGGAUUUUAAGACUCUUAUUCAAGAUAACAAAGAUGCAAUGAGAUACUAUUACAAGAAACUGAUGGAACUGGAGUCACAUUGGUCCGAAAAAGAAGUAUCUGUGGAUGUUGGUGGUUUGGACAUCCUAUCUCAUUUAAUGGCUGGCAAGAUUUUGGAACAACCUGUGAGAAGACCUGGUCACUUCGACAAUUGAUUGAUUGUUUUUUCUUUUAUUUGAAUUAGUUGACGUUUAAAGUGGAGAAAUAAAAAUGGUGUUAUUGUUGUUUAUAAUCAAAUAAAAUUUUACAUCUGAAAUAGUACACUAAUGGGCUACAAUAUGGUGUAUAUGUUACAGUAAAAGUUGGAAAUUAGUGAUUGUUAACAAUUACUAGUAAAAGCUCACAUUCACUGACUUGCUAGGGCUACGUCAGUAAAAGUUAACAGCUAUUUUUUAAACCAACUUUUACUAGUGAAUAGGGAGUUUUCGUUGCUUUAAAAAAAUUCAACGGAACGGUUAACGGAUACGUAACCAUAACCGCUAUUUUGACAGAUAAAAAAAAACAGUUUUCGGACUUUCGGUUUAUCGGUUCGGAGCCGACAUACGAUACGAUAACCGAAAACUGACAGAUUUUUUGUCACUUAUUUGAUUUUUGGUUUUUGUAUUGUUGUUUGAUUUGAAAGUGCUUUAUAUGACUUUAUUGGGUAUCGCUAUAUAGGAUGGACAAUUUAAUUUUAUUGGACUCUAGUGAUGAACCGGAUUUGAAGGAUGCUAUGUUGUUGGAAGGAUUUGAAAACAACAUCGAAUAUCGAGCAGAGUUUAACCUAGAAAUAUUAUCUGACCAAGAGUGCAAAGCUAAUUUCCGCUUUGAAAAAAAAA